UUGCUCAGUAGAGAGUCUAUGAUUGUUGAAAUCAUAGGACAACCUCCUAUCCUAGUUAAUUUAACAGUGAUAGAAUAAAUGAUAGAAAAACCUGAGAGUUUCUCAGAGUAUAAGUAAUUGCAUGAAGAUUGUAUUAAUUGCAACUUUUAUUCUUUUUUUUUUCUUCUUAAAGAAACUAUAGUGAUCCUGAAACUGAAGGGCAGAUUUUGAAUUCCUUAGUACAAUAUUUUGGUGAAAGUUUCAGCAGAAAAGUUAAAGCGAUGCCAUUAGUUGAAGAAAUUUCUUUACCUGAAGACUCAUCACUGACUUUGCCUGUGGUGAUAGUAGGUCAAACAGCUUAAGGACCUUUGCAUUCCCUGGGCUGGCAGAGGAUAUUAUAAAGAAGAAGGGAAUAUCUGCCUGCUCUUUAGAGCUGGAUGUGGGUGAUUAUUAAAGAAGAAGAAAAAGUGAGUUUAUAAACCUACUCUGGCAAUCUCUGCCAACUAUAGUAGUCAUGGAGUUAGCAGUGGUAGAAUCUAACUCAAAAAAUUUCCUUCUGAUUUCUACUUCUACACAGGCAGGUCCUAACUUUUGAUUACAGAGGUGGGUGAAAUGCAAAGCUAUUACUUAUUAUUUUAUUCUUGUCAGAGGACAGAAGGAAUGUAGUCUUAAGGCUGUGUAGUUCAAUAGAAAUUCAGCAGGAAGUAUCCUUUUUUUUUCUUUUUUACCACUUAAGAACUCUUCUGUGCCAGCCAAAAUGUGGGUGACAUUUUUACAUUGCCCUUAAGCUGAAGGCUGUGGCUUAUUCUAAUAUUAUCAUUCCAUUAUAGAAAUUGGAGAUCUUAAAAAGAUACUCUUUGCAUGUGAAGACCAUUUGCCAGUUUAAGAGCUAUAAUCCAAUACCACUAUGAUAAUUUGAGUGUGAUUUUAGAUUCUGGGAUAUAUGGUAGGUUUUCUAGUAAAUAUACAUUGCAGUUCUGUGCUUUGAUUUACUGUUAUCCCAUAUUAUAUUCUUUGAGCUUGUUUGAAGUUUUAAAAUAACACAUGUAGGCUUGAUGUAAAAACAAAUACCCCAAAGUCUAACAAUAAGUACUACCCCAGAAAGGAAUAGAUUAUCUUGGAAAGAAUAUGUUCCCUCAAAAGUUUGGUUGGAGGCACUCUAGCCCUAGAUUGGAUGACUAUUUCUUUUUUUUGUAUUUUAUUUUAUUUAAUAAUAACUUUAUAUUGACAGAAUCCAUGCCAGGGUAAUUUUUUUACAACAUUAUCCCUUGCACUCAUUUCUGUUCCGAUUUUUCCCCUCCCUCUACCCCCUCCCCUAGAUGGCAAGCAGUCCUAUAUAUGUUAAAUAUGUUACAGUAUAUUGGAUGACUAUUUCUGAUGGUGUAAUUGAAGUAAUUUUUUUUAUGUACAGGUGAGACCAUAUGGUUUCUGAGAUCCUUUCCAAAUGAAGUGGUGAUUCUGUGAUUCUUCUAAAAUUUCAAUGCUAAUAUAGAUAAAAUUUGGUUUAAUAUCAAUCACUCAAUUAUCAAGUGCCUAUGUUCCAGGUAGUAUAUAUCUAUUAAUAUGGAUUUAAGUACUUUGAUGCAUCAUAUUGCCUUCCCUCACUAUUUUUAUAUUUCAGGGUCAUAUAAUGUAUUAUUUCCCCCCCAGCAUGUAACACGGUGCCUACUAUAUAUAGCAGAUGUUUCUUUCUAGCUUCCUUUUUAUUUUGAUAGCUACAUUAGAAUAUAGUACAGUAUAUAGUAUGGUCAAUCAAAAUCCUGCCUUUAUCCUGUUGUUUCAUGCCUUCAGAUUAUACUAACUUAAGUAGUGCCAUAAUAUUUUCCAAUGAAUACUCUGUGAGUCUGAACUUGCUGAAUUUUGUGUAGCUUAUUCUUUCAGAGAUAGUUUGACAACAUAUGCUUAGGGGUAUUUGAAAAUUGGGGUUAAAAGACUACUUCACCAUUUUGCUUCUUACUAACAAUACCAAGAGAAUCUUCCGUGUAAUAAAAUAUGAUUAAUGUAUUAAAUUUCCAGCAAUAAAUACCUCUCCAGCUGAAAACUUUAUAAAGGAAGGACAGAACAAGUUAAUGGAAUUAUUUUGACUUUUCUCUCUUAGAUGGGGGAAUGGAAAGAAAUAAGGGUUUAGUAAGUGCCUCCUUAACUGAGCCAAGCAUUUUUUCAAAUAUCUCAUUUGAUCCUUCUCAUUUUAUAGUCAAGGAAACUGAGGCAGACACAGAUAGAAAUUUGAGAUUGGGUUUGAAAUCUGGUCUUUCUCACUCAAAGCUCUAUGCAUUAUCUACUGUACCACUCCGCUGACCUUGGUAUUCUUCAAGUUGUCAUUAAUAAUACUGAGGUGUUUCAAGUACAGUUUGAGUAUUUGUGUAUCCUGGAGCUAUUUAAGAUUUGUUCCAUAUUUAGAUUGAAAGUUUUAGAAUAAAAUUGGUUUGAGAAGAAAUAUUUUAUUUUUUAAACUUGUUUAUACUGUCAUAAUAUCUUCAGUCAAUUUGACUGAAUAAUCUAUGCUUUUUAUAUCGACAUGGGUCACGUCCUAUUUCUGAGCAAACAAUUAUGUCUUCAUAUUCUGAAUGUAUUUCCAAGUUACAGCUAAAUUUCAUUUCAUAAAAUUGGUAUUCAAUGACUGUUAACUAACAAAAUAUUUUGGAACAGCUCUUUGAAGGGCUAGGAUUUGACUUCUAAUGAGACUUCCAUUGUUAAUAUACAGUAUAAUGAACUAUUGCUUUUUAUAGGAAAUGGACCCUCAGGCAUUUGCCUUUCUUACAUGUUGUCAGGAUACAGACCAUAUUUAUCUUCAGAAGCUGUACAUCCAAAUCCAAUUUUGCAUAGUAAAUUAGAAGAAGCAAGGCAUCUCUCCAUUAUUGAUCAGGAUUUAGAGUACUUGUCUGAAGGUCUUGAAGGCCGAUCCUCUAAUCCAGUUGCAAUACUACUUGACACACUUCUUCAUCCAGAUGCUGACUUUGGAUAUGAUUAUCCAUCAGUUUUGCAUUGGAAAUUAGAACAGCAUCAUUAUAUUCCUCACUUGGUUCUUGGUAAAGGACCACCUGGUGGGGCUUGGCAUCAUAUGGAAGGUUCUAUGUUGACAAUCAGCUUUGGAAAUUGGAUGGAGUUGCCUGGACUGAAGUUUAAGGAUUGGGUGGCUACCAAGCGAAGGAACAUAAAGAGUGAUCGAGUUACACCAGAGGAGAUAGCUUGCUACUACAAGCACUAUGUCAAAGUUAUGGGUCUUCAGAAGAAUUUCCGAGAAAAUACUUAUAUAACCUCUAUAUCAAGACUUUACAGAGGUCAGGAUGAUGAUCAGGACAGUGAUAAUAUUUCAACACAACAAUUACAAAUGGAGAAGUCAACAUUUAUCAAAAGAAACUGGGAGAUAAGAGGCUAUCAAAGAAUAGGUGAUGGCUCACAUGUUCCUUUUUGUCUCUUUGCUGAGAAUGUAGCUUUAGCAACUGGAACUCUGGAUUCUCCUACUUAUUUGCAAGUUGAAGGGGAAGAUUUUCCCUUUGUAUUCCAUUCAAUGCCAGAAUUUGGAGCUGCCAUUAGCAAAGGAAAGUUACAUGGCAAAGUGGACCCAGUUUUAAUUGUAGGUUCUGGACUUACUGCAGCUGAUGCUGUGCUAUGUGCUUACAAUAAUAAUAUUCCUGUAAUCCAUGUGUUUCGGAAACGGGUUACUGACCCAAGUUUAAUUUUCAAACAACUUCCCAAAAAGCUUUAUCCUGAAUACCAUAAAGUCUACCAUAUGAUGUGUACUCAGUCAUACUCUAUUGACUCUAAUCUUUCAUCAGCUUAUACCAGUUUUCCUGAGCACCAUGUGCUUUCAUUUAAGACUGACAUGAAAUGUGUUCUUCAGAGUGUCUCUGGAUUGAAGAAAAUCUUCAAAUUAUCUGCAGCAGUGGUAUUAAUAGGUUCCCAUCCUAAUCUAUCCUUUUUGAAGGAACAAGGGUAUGACUUGGGCCAUAAUUCAAACCAGCCAAUUACAUGUAAAGGUAAUCCUGUGGAAAUUGAUCCAUACACAUAUGAGUGUACUAAAGAAGCUAACCUUUUUGCUUUGGGGCCUUUGGUUGGAGACAAUUUUGUACGGUUUUUAAAAGGUGGAGCACUGGGUGUUGUUCGCUGCCUAGUUACUAGACAGAAGAGGAAACAACAUUUAAUUGUUGAAAGAGGAGGUGGGGAUGGUGUAGCAUAAAGCCUUUGUGUUUACAAGUAAUGAUUUAUAACUAAUUCAUGUGGACAGCUUGCCAUCAGCAUUUUUAUAGCGAUCUGCAGUCCCAUUUUGUUGGGGUUAUAUUGCUUGACAAGGAGGUAUACAAUUGUACUCAUUUUUGAAAUGUUGUAAGAACUUGUUUUCUUUAUUUAAUACUACCUUAUACCACCAGGUAAUUUUCAGAUGAAUAGAAACCACUUGUCAGUUUGUCUGGCCAGCUUGAGACCUUCAUUUUAACUGAAGCACUGUAAUGUCAUUUCAAUAAGACUUGGUUUCAAUUAAUUUUUUUUUUCUGUUGCUUAUGUAUAAUUUUCAAAAUGUUACUGCUUUGAAGCUAUAAAAUUAGAUGAUUAACCCAGGAAGUUGACUUUAUAUAAUUUCAAGUCUCAAGGAGAAUGUUAUGUGGAAAAAACACUUCUUAAAAAAGGUUUUAUUUAUUUUGUCACAUCAUCAGUUUGUAAAUCUUAUUUGUCACUUAAGAUUAAGAUGGUCUUUAAACAAAUAAUCUUUGUUUAAUUCUUAUGACUUCUUAAUCUUAGAUUCUAAUAAUAAUCUGACAGCUGAUUAAUGUUGGAAUAUUUGAAAAUUUGGCCAUUUCAAGACAAAUCAAAGUAUUUUGUGGAGGUUUGCUCUCUACCAGACUUCUAUAAAGCUUUCCAGUAAUACUUUGAUGGAAGUACAACAAUAAAUUGCUUAUAAAAGUGCUCUUAUUACCGUGUGAAUAGUUAAUAAUUUUAAUAGCUCACAUUUAUAUAAUAUACUUUUUUAAGCAAAGUUUACAAAGUGCUAUAAAUACAUUAUUUAUUUCAUUUGAACCGUACAAUACUGUGAAAUACGUAAUAAUACAUAAAAUAUUACAGGUGAGUACACAAAACUUUGAAGUUGUAACGUGGUCACAUAGUGUCAAUAGUAUAUAGCCCUUCAACUUUGGUUUCCCUGACUUUUAGUCCAGUGUACACCCCACUACACAGUGGUGUCUUACAGUAACUGAAUUAUGCUGAGACAGGGAACUUGGGACAAAAAUGCUUUCUACAAGCCUGUGUAAUAAAGCUGUUUUUAAUAA